GAUUUAGUGAUGUGAAAUUGAAUGUGAAAUUGAAUUUUUUUAGUUUUCGAUUGCUACUGAUUACUACAGAAGACAUGAAUGUUCUGCUUAUUAUUAUGGUUUAGAACAUGAACUCUGAUUGCUACUGAACUGUUACUUGUGUUUAAAUAAUUGUAUUGAGUGUGAGAGACGAAUUCCAAUUGAAAGCCUCGGUUUUAAAUAAUUGUCAAACAAUAGUAGAAUAUGAAAGCCUGAUAACUAGUCAAAUUGUUUUAGAGUUACUAUAGGUAAUUAAGAAAAGUUAACUUACUUCCUUUGCCAAUUUUAAUCAUGUAUGGCAAUGACUUUGAGAGGAGGACGUAAUCAAUAAUCCUAAAUAGUAGAGGUGGAAAAGAUGGAAAAUGUAAGCUUAUUUGAUUCAAAAAAAUGUCUGGCUCCGCCACUGCUGUCAACGUGUCCCCUUUGAUUUGGUGUGCUGCUACUCAGCUUCUCCGACCACCGUUGAGCUUCAUCACUUGGUUAAUUAACUACUGCAUCUUUUCGGCAAGAAAUCAUGAAUAACAUUGCUGGGAAACCGCUUAAUGGAGAUUUAGAGGAUGAUGAUGAAGAUGAAGCUAAUGAUGAUGGCCUUGAAGCGUGGGAGAGAGCUUAUACAGAAGAUAGAUCAUGGGAGUCUUUGCAGGAAGAUGAAUCUGGACUUCUUCGUCCCAUAGAUACGACAGCCAUUCAUCAUGCCCAGUAUCGUAGACGCCUCCGCGCCCUUGCUUCAAAUGCAGCUACUGCGCGAAUUCAAAAGGGUUUGAUACGAUACUUAUACAUUGUUGUGGACCUGUCCAAGGCAGCUUCAGAGAGGGACUUUCGACCAAGUAGAAUGGCUGUGAUUGCAAAGCAGGUUGAGUUAUUUAUCAGGGAGUUCUUUGAUCAGAAUCCACUUAGUCAUGUUGGUUUGGUGACUACCAAAGAUGGUGUUGCUAAUUGCUUGACAGAUCUUGGCGGCAGUCCUGAGUCACACAUCAAAGCUUUGAUGGGUAAACUAGAAUGCUCAGGUGAUGCCUCCCUACAAAAUGCACUAGAACUUGUUCAUAGCAAUCUAAAUCAAAUCCCAUCAUAUGGUCAUCGAGAAGUUCUGAUUUUAUAUUCGGCCCUCAGUACAUGUGAUCCUGGUGAUCUCAUGGAAACUAUCCAAAAAUGCAAAAAGAGUAAAAUAAGAUGCUCGGUCAUUGGUCUUGCUGCUGAAAUGUUUAUAUGCAAGCAUCUUUGCCAAGAAACUGGAGGAACGUAUUCAGUUGCACUAGAUGAGUCCCACUUUAAAGAGUUAAUUCUUGAGCAUUCUCCACCACCUCCAGCAAUAGCAGAGUAUGCUACGGCUAAUUUGAUUAAGAUGGGUUUCCCGCAAAGAGCAGCUGAGGGUUCCGUUGCAAUUUGUACAUGUCAUGAAGAGGCCAAAACUGGAGGGGGAUACACUUGUCCAAGAUGCAAAGUUCGUGUCUGUGAGCUUCCUACUGAAUGCCGCGUCUGUGGAUUGACCCUUAUUUCUUCGCCCCAUUUGGCAAGGUCAUAUCAUCAUCUCUUCCCUAUAGUGCCAUUUGCUGAGAUCUCUCCAUCAUCUCAAAAUGAUCCAAACCAUAGUUUUCCCAAUACUUGUUUUGGUUGUCAACAAAGUCUCCUUAGUCAGGGUUUUGGAGCAGGAAACAAGGCUGAACUUUCCGUCUCUUGCCCAAAAUGCAAACAACAAUUCUGCCUUGAUUGUGACAUGUACAUUCAUGAGAGUUUACAUAAUUGCCCAGGCUGUGAGAGCUUCAGGCAUUCUAAGUCAGUUACUAUUGCCCAAUGAUUUUCAGCCCUAUGCUCUCGACAUCAAAUUGCUAUCUAAGUGGUGUUCUACACUGCCUCCCUGUUAUUGUGAUGUUGCAUCCAUCUACCGGACUCAUGAACAAGUUCCGGUCCAUGAAAUGGAACUGACCAACACCAUCUGAUCACCUGAUCAAAAUGCAAGCCCUUAAGUAGUAAAUGCUUUGCGGGCUGGAAAACAAAAGUGAUAUUGUUUAUAUGAGGGUGAGAUUCUUUUCUUUUAUCAUUUUAUACCAUAACAAAUUAUUUUCUUUUUCCUUCUGUUGUUCUUUCCUGGAAAUUAAAACACAUGUAAGAAUAUGUUAUGUUUCAAUCGACGUUACAGUCCAGCAUGUCUCCCUUGCAAUUUUUAAUCAAUGGGCCGACACUAACCGCUCUUGCUAGCAAAGUAUUUUUAUAAUCAAA